AUGGGAAACAGGAAUAACACAAAUGUGUCUCAUUUCAUCCUCAUGGGAUUGACAGACUCUGAAGACAUCAGGCAGGUCCUCUUCAUGCUGUUUCUCCUGAUAUACCUGAUUACUCUUUUGGGAAAUAUGGUGAUGAUACUGAUAAUUUACCUGGAUCUCCAGCUUCACACCCCCAUGUACUUUUUCCUCAGUCAGCUCUCAUUCCUUGACCUCAGUUACUCAACAGUCAUCACACCUAAAACCAUAGAGAACGUACUGACUUCUAACAAGUGUAUUUCAUUCGGAGGCUGCUUCACCCAGAUCUCUUUUUUUGUCUUCUUGGGUGCCACUGAGUUUUUCCUUCUCUCUUCAAUGGCCUAUGACCGCUAUGUAGCUAUCUGCAACCCUCUAAACUACCCAGUUGUUAUGUCUAUGAGACUCUGCCAUGCCCUUAUCACUGGUUCCUAUAUGAUUGGCUUUAUUAACUCCUUGAUCAAUGGUCUUUUCAUGAGCAGUUUGCAUUUUUGCAACUCCAAUGCAAUCUACCAUUUUUUCUGUGACACAAUCCCAAUUUUAGCCCUGUCCUGCACUGACACUCAUGAUACUGAAAUAAUGAUAUUCAUUCUUGGAUGCAUAACUGUAUUGGGAUCUCUUAUCACAAUCUCUGUAUCCUAUGGGUCCAUUUUGUCUACUAUCCUGAAAAUUAAUUCCACUUCAGGAAAGCACAAAGCCUUCUCUACUUGUGCCUCCCAUCUCCUGGGAGUCACCAUCUUUUAUAGCACUAUGAUAUUCACUUAUUUAAAACCAAAGAAGUCCUAUUCCUUGGGAAGGGAUCAAGUUGCUUCUGUGUUUUAUACUAUGGUGAUACCAAUGCUGAACCCACUCAUUUAUAGUCUUAGGAACAAAGAAGUGAAAAAUGCUCUCAUUAGAGUCAUGCAGAAGAGAGAGAGCUCUGGGCAAUUGAAAUGA